AUGCAUCGUCUCCUCAUCACCCUUUCGAGUGUCGCCAUCGCCGUGGUCUUCUCGACGAGCAGCUGCCCGGAUCUCGCUGUGAUGUGCCCAAAGAAUACGAUGAUGUGCGGCAACAAUAUGUACGGAGCGCUGAUGAAAGUCUACUGUGUCGAGAGUUGCGGAUUCGCAUGCGAUUCAAACUAUCGCGGUUGUGCCGAUGCACCCGGCGCCACGUGCAGCUCGUCGGCUUGCACGCCAACUGAUCCAACCGGCCAUUACAAUAUGGUCGUCAACUGUUCGCUUACUUGUGGAAAUUGUCAGCCAGGUUCAAAGGUUGCCCAUAUCAACCAACGCCGAUCCGUGAGCGAACCGAUGUCAAGCGAACCCACUGGAGCUCCCACCGGCUCUUCUCCAAGACCAAUGGAA